GACAAUUGCGAAAAAUGCUUAAUUUUUGUAUGAAAAUAAAAGUAAGAGGAAGAUAUUAUAUAUGUACAUACACACAUAUAUAGUGGAUUAUUGUGAGGUUAUCGACACUUAACCGCAUUGAUUUGAAGAAAAUAGAUAUCACUGACUCAUAAUAGAAAAUUCUUAGUUACCUUUUUCGAGAAGAACACAACGCGCAUACAGCAAUUGAACUUCCGAUGUUUAUUGAUGCGAAAUUGAGUUGGGUUUAAAUGGAAUUUACAAAGGGAUCAUCAUCAACUUUCGCGCCAAAAUAUAAAACCCUUAAAAUUACGUAUUCAAAAAACAAAUUAAAUUUCUUUUGGUCAGGUUUGUAUUUCACCUUGUGGGGUUUUUUGAUUUUCCUUGUGUGGUGGCAUUUAAAAAAUAUUUUACCGAAACCCUACUCAAUCAACAAUGAAACAAGCUUGCAAAAUGAAUUUAUAGCUGAAAGAGCUGAAAGGCGACUUCAAGAUUUGGUUAGAAUUGGUCCGAGAGUUGUGGGUAGUGCAAAUAAUGAACAAGCUACUGUAAAACUUUUAUUAGAUGCAAUUGAAAAAAUUAAAAUAUCCGCUUCAAACAAGUUCAAAAUCGAGGUAAACAAGCAACUCGGCAAUGGAAGCUUUUACAUUUUUGGUUUUGUCAAUAUUUAUCGCAACAUUCAAAAUAUAAUAGUAAAAUUAACACCAGUUAAUUCAACAAGUACUUCAGCUUUAUUAAUAAAUAGCCAUUUUGACAGUCGACCUGGAAGUCCGGGCGCCGGUGAUGAUGGUACAAUGGUCGUUGUCAUGCUAGAAAUAUUAAGAGUUUUAAUACAUAGUCAAGAAUUAUUAAAACAUCCAAUUAUUUUUUUAUUUAAUGGUGCCGAAGAAACUGGCUUGCAAGCGUCUCAUGCAUUCAUAACACAACAUGUUUGGGCAAAAGAUGUUAAAGCUUUUAUAAACCUAGAUUCGGCUGGAAACGGAGGUAGAGAAAUUCUAUUUCAAUCAGGACCGGCAGCUCCGUGGUUGAUUAAACAUUAUGGAAAUGUCGCUAAACACCCAUUUGCAUCAACUAUUGCUGAAGAAAUGUUUCAGAACGGUCUCAUACCGUCAGAUACAGAUUUUCGAAUCUUCAGAGAUUUUGGAAACAUCCCUGGACUUGAUUUCGCUCAUUCACAAAAUGGUUAUGUAUAUCACACAGCAUAUGAUAAAAUUAGUUCAAUUCCAAGAGGUACACUACAAAAUACAGGUGACAACAUAUUGGCGAUUGUAAUGGCUAUUACUAAUUCGAAUGAAUUAAAAGACCCUACCAUUGAACAUCCAAGUCAAGCAAUCUUCUAUGAUGUUUUAGGUCUGUUUUUGAUUAAUUACACUGAAACAGAAGCAUUUAUCAUAAAUUUUUGUGUAUCGGCAAUUGCUAUUGUUACUAUUAUUUUAUCAUUUUGCUUAAUGAAGAAAAGUUCUGGGUUAUUCUGCCGAAGGAUUCUAACAAGGUUUAUUAUAAUUUUACUUAUACAAGUUGCUUCAGUUUUGAUCGCUUUUGGUUUGGGUAUCGGAGUUGCGUUUUUUUUAGAUAUAAUUGGUUGUUCUAUGGCUUGGUAUUCACAAAGUUGGUUAAUAUUAGGACUUUAUUUUUGUACAAUAUUUUUUGGACUUAGUUUAGUGCCAUUAAUUUACAUAAAAUUAACUGAAGAGAAUGAAUUUUUUCCUCUUAAUUAUAAGAUUCAAAUGUUCAUGCACUCACAUUGUUUGCUCCAAGUUAUAUUUCUACUUAUUUUAACAGCUGUGAAAAUUCAUUCAGGAUUUCUUGUUAUGCUAUCUAUACUUUUUUACACAAUAGCUGUAAUUUUAAACGUAAUAACAACUUUACAAGGAAAAUCUCUUUCGUGGAUUGUUUUUCCUGUUUUAUCACAAAUUUUACCAUUCAUGUUUUACACAUACUUGGUAAUCAUCAUUUUGACAACUUUUAUUCCAAUGACCGGAAGGAGCUUUAGUAAUUCGAAUCCGGAGCUGCUUAUAUCAGCAAUAUCAUUUGUCUUUGCAUUUCUUAUAGGAGGAUUUUUGAUUCCUUUGCUUUUCGUUUUUCGUAAAUCUGAAAUUUUGGUUUCUAUUUUUGCUAUUACGAGUGUGAUUUUUAUAAUAUGCACAAUUACUCCUAUUGGAUUUCCAUAUACAAAAUCAUCAUUUCAAAGAUUUGAUGUUAUACACACCACACGAAUUUUUCGUGAUCGAAACAAUAAAAUAAUGACUAACGAAUCUGGUUAUUUAAUACAAUCUCUAGACCGAAGAGGCACUCGAACAAUUAAAGACACAGUUUUAAAUAUGACUUUUGUAGAAACGGCUGAUAAACUUUGCGAUUCUCAUAUCAAUUGUGGUAGUCCAAACUAUCCUAAAAAAGACGAUUUAUGGAUACCAGCUAAUCCUCCAUUACUAAUCAGAGUUCCACUUUUGAAAACAAAAUCGAGGAAAUUGGUAAAAAGUGAAUAUGAGAAUGCUACUAGGAUUCGAUAUGAAUACUCUUUAACCGGCCCAGAUCAUAUGAAAUUAUUCAUUAAAACUCUCCCAAACUGCAAACUUGUUAAUUGGUCAUUCAAUGUAAAUACAUCACUUUUUUCACAAAGUUUUUAUAUAUCAUAUCAUUAUGGAACGAACUCUGAGGACACAACGCUAUUGUUUUGGCUUGAAUUUGAUAAAGAUAUUAACAAACUUAGCGCACCGUGCUUUAAUGUUGCGGUUACUGGACAUCUGGAUCAUCAUUCAAUAUACCGAACUGACGAAUUUCGAACAUUCUUAGCCAGUUUUCCAAAAUGGACAUACGUAACAGCAUGGAUGAGCUCAUACGAAAGCUUUACAGCAUAAGAUGAAGUUUUGGUAUUUUUCAUGAAUCUUAAAGAUUAUAACAUAUUUAUUUCUAUUGUUAACGAAAGUAAUUUAAGAAACUUAUAAUUUUUAUCAAUGAUUUAAUGGACCGAAAUUUAUUUGCUAAAAAUUAUUGUAGUAAAUAAAAUUUUAG